AGUAACCUAACAUCUUAUAUCUUAUAUCAACAAACGACAUGUCCAGCAGCGUCGUCAUCCGCUCGGUGCCCUUCACCACCCGCCUGCGCCUCGGCUCGGGCGGCGCAAAGGACCUGAUCCAGCUGGACCGCGCCCGCGCGCAGAAGUUCCUCGCCGGCGUGGGCAGCCACGGCCCGCUGGCGCACAGUGAGCGCCGCCACCACCGCGAGCGCCUCCGCACUCACCACCAUCAUCACCACCACCACAAAGGAGCUGGUGAUGCUGCGCAGCCGAGCGGCGGGUCGGGCACCGCGGGCACGGGCUCGGGUACGGCGCCGACGGGGAACGGGAGUACGAUUGAUGUGACGGAUUCAGGGGUGACGUAUACGAUGUCUGUGGGCGUUGGGAGCCCUGCGACGCAGUAUACGCUGUUGAUUGAUACAGGGAGCUCGAACACCUGGGUGGGGGCGAGCACGAAGUACACGCCGACGAGCACCAGCAAGGACACGGGCAACACUAUCAACGUGUCUUACGGUUCAGGAACGAUGUCCGGCGAGGAGUACACCGACACCGUGACGCUGAACCCGAGCCUCGUCAUCACAAACCAGGGCAUCGGCGUGGCCUCCUCCGCGCAGGGGUUCUCUGACGUUGACGGCAUCGUCGGCAUCGGUCCCGCCGACCUCACUCAGGGCACCGUGUCGAACACGACCGAGGUCCCGACCGUGACGGACAAUCUGUACUCGCAGGGCAAGAUCACGUCGGACUCGCUCGGCAUCUCGUAUGAGCCGUCGUCGACUGCCAACGUGUCCAACGGCGAGAUCACCUUUGGCGGGGUGGACAACACCAAGUACACCGGGGAGCUCAACUUUACACCGCUCACGACGACGUCGCCUGCCUCCAACUACUGGGGCGUCAACCAGUCUGUCACGUACGGCAGCGGCGGGACGACCAUCCUGAGCACCACUGCCGGUAUCGUCGACACCGGCACGACCUUGUUGAUGCUUGCCUCUGACGCCUAUCAGGCGUACGUGAGCGCCACCGGCGCCACCGAGGAUCAGACAACCGGGCUCCUCACCAUCACCCAGGAGCAGUACAGCAGCCUCCAGAGCCUGUACUUCAACAUCGGCGGGGUCAACUACGAGUUCACCGCGAACGCGCAGAUCUGGCCGCGGGCGUUGAACAGCACCCUUGGCGGCAGCGAGGACUCGAUCUAUCUGAUCGUGUCUAACCUGGGAACGAGCAGCGGGCAGGGCCUUGACUUUAUCAAUGGGUUUGGCUGGCUGCAGAGGUACUACACCGUGUUCGACACCGGCAACUCGCAGCUUGGGUUCGCGACUACCUCGUACACGGAUGCGGAGACCAACUGACUGCCUGCGGCGUCUGCGAUUUCGAGUUCGAAUGUAAUGGCGAAGCUGUAAGCUGAAGACGCGAAAUAUAGCGAGGCGGAGCAUGGACUUGUGUGUGUACAUUACAGGUUGAGAUUAGAAUGUUUUGCGUGUUUAGUGUCAUUGUUGGACUUUGUAUGUAUGUAAUAUGAUGCAGUACAAUUGAG